AUGGUGGCGCCAAAUCCGGAUGAGAUGGAAGAAUUCCAGCGAGCCUCCGACAAGUAUCAGCCAGACCUUCCAGGUCCUUUCAUCAGUGAAAAACUGCCCAUUUCCGCCUUGGCUACCGAGUAUGCAGAAGCAGAUCCCAGAUAUGUAGCCAAAACGACGUCCCUCGCAGUUGGCUACGACGCAUAUCGUCAAGUCAAAGGGGAUGGCCAAUGUGGUUGGCGUGGCGCGGUUUUCCGCUACUUCGAGAUCAUCGCCGAGUCCAAAGACCAUGGCUUAGUCACAGUGGAAGAUACUCGCAUACGUUCCUUCGAAGACACUAUGAAGAUGGUUGGCAUUGACUACGACCUCCUCGUGGAUUUCUUCGAGGAAACUUGGGCGCUCUUUGGCGAGAUCAAAACCGCGCUCGAAAACAACACACCGGUCCUGCCCGUUGUCAACGCAGCAUUCAACGAUGAGAACCGCUCAAAUGCCAUUGUCUACCACUUCAAGAUGAUGACAAGCGCCUACAUGCAGCUGCAUGCCGAUGAUUUCGAACCAUUCUUGGAGAUGCCACUACAAGACUAUCGCCAAGCACGAAUCGAUCCAACCAACCAAGAGAUUGAUGAGAUCGGCUUGCAAGCAUUGAGUCGAGGUGUGUUCGCCCCGUCUGGUUUUGCUGUUGAGGUUCUAUAUCUGGACCGGAGCGUGGGAGAUGAGGUGACGCCGCACGAGUUUAUUCCUGGUGUACCUGGAACACCAACGAUCAGACUACUGUACAGACCUGGUCACUACGAUCUGAUCUACAAACAAGACUCAAGUGUCACCGUUCUGAUGACGAAUGCGCCGAUGCAGCCGCAGCAGAUGCCUCAGAAUCUAGAUGAAUCGUACCUCGACGAUCGACUCUACGAGUACAUGUUCCCCGGCACUCACAUGGACCCAAGCUAUCAAGCCACCGCCAGCUAUCACUAUAACCAGUCCCCCAGCUACAACUAUCCACCCCAGAGGCACUAUUCUCAGGAUUCAGGGUACAAUCAAGCCAACAUGUACGGCACACAGCCGUUCAGCAUGCCCCCAAGCCAACCGGUCAUGUUCCAUCCGACAGAAUCGACCCCAACUCAGACUCCUGCCUACUAUGCUUCCUCGCCUGAACCAUAUCAGUCGUCUCCAACACCGACUGUUGUGCCAAGCACGCCAGGCCCCACCGUCGCCAUAUCACCGACGUCAGGAGAGCCUGCCAUUCGACAUAGCGAGUUCAGUUCGGCCAUACGUGGGCCACGCCGUGUUCAACAUCUGAACAUCCCUCUAAACCCUCGGACGUUCGGCAGGUGA